CCAGAAUACGAAACAGAAAAAACAUUUUCAAAACGACCAACGGGCGUGGAGAGUCAACUGAGCAUCCAUCUGUCAUCCAUUAAAAAAAAAAAGAGAGAGAAUUUGGAGGACUUUGACUAGAACAUACGUAGCUACGCAAAUCGAAUUUAUUACGUUUAUUUUGGUUGUCUCGUUAGAAAUCAUCACAAAAAUGGCAGAUCCGACGACACAGUCUGCCCAGAUUUCGUCCGCUAUGAACGCUUCAUCGACGAAAGAAUCCACAUAUUACGUGAUGGAGCUGGUGUACUGGCGGGACCCAAAGAAGUCUGCGGUGGCCUUUGGCAUGUCCCUGCUGGUCCUUCUGUCCCUGGCUACCUUCAGCGUCAUCAGUGUGGUCUCCUACCUGCUGCUGGCACUGCUCUGUGUCACAAUCACCUUCCGUGUCUACAAGUCUGUCAUUCAGGCAGUGCAGAAGUCUGAAGAGGGCCACCCCUUCAAGGCUCUGAUGGAGAAGGACCUGACCGUUCAGCCUGAGAUUUUCCGUAAAUAUGUGGAUGUGUGUCUGACCUAUGUGAAUCGUGCCAUCAAACAGGCCAGGCACCUGCUGCUGGUGGAGGACCUGGUGGACUCACUUAAGCUGGCUGGUUUCAUGUGGCUGCUGACUUAUGUGGGCGCUGUCUUCAAUGGCAUCACAAUCCUGAUACUGACUGAUAUUAUCUUCUUCAGCACGCCCCUGGUUUAUGAGAGAAAUAAAAUUCAGAUCGAUAAAUACAUUGAACUGAUUCGCACCAGAGUUGAAGUCACACUUGCAAAGCUUCAAGACAAACUCCCCGGGGCAGUAAAGCGCACCAAAGCAGAGUGACGGUCCAUGAACCCUAUUCAACAACUAAUCUCUCUCACUUCUACUGCAACUCCAGUCCUACACAGCGUCGAACUAGUGGCAAAAGUCAUCGCUCAAUAUUCUAUGUACCGUAACUAACUUGCAUAGGGUGCAAUGCUUGUAUUUUUUUUGUUGGAGCCAUCCACAUUCUGUACAUUGUCUCUUGAUCCUCAAAGACCAUGUACUCCUUAACAUAUGAUUCCUGUUUGAACCGGGGGAGGGGGGAAGGAGGGGGAGAGAAUCAGUGAUUCACUUUUAAUUAUUUCAAGGAUACAGAAUGGUGUGUAGCAUCUCUAAAAAGUUUGUACUCUAAUCUGUUUUGAGGAGAAAAUUCUUUGUUGUAGUUUUGUACAUUUUCACAAAAUAAAUCAUUUUUAAUUUAUGAAAGAAAAUAACUUAAGCACUUGGUGUGUGUUUCUGAAUUGUUGAUGUUUCUGGGGCACUCCACCUUUUCAGCAUCAUCUCAGUUCAUCCUGAAGACACUUGGUAUCUGCACUGCAUGGAGUAUUUUGUAAGUAAUUCAUCAAACUUGAAAUAAAAAUGAAGGAAACUUAAAA